AUUUUGUUGCAAUUGUUGUAACAUUUGAUUAAAAUAAUACAAGAAUUUGUUUUUUAUUAAUUAGAGAUUAAGUUUAGAUUUCAUAAGUAUUUUAAGAUAUUUUUAAAACAUUUUAUUAUGCAAUUCAUUAGCAGAAGAAGUGCUUCAUUUGUCAGACAAUUAAUAGAUAUAAACUAUCGACAAACGAGACAACUGUCUCAAGACAAGAGUGACAAUCAUUUGAAUGAUAUUUACGAUCCGCUAUCAAAUGAACCACCGAUUCCUUCAUCACAUCGACAAAGACACGAAUCAAUUGAUAUGAAAAGAAAGAGAUUGUUAUAUCAGAGCAGAAAAAGAGGAAUUCUUGAGAAUGACCUCAUAUUAGGCACAUUUGCGGCCAAAUAUCUAAAACAAUUCAGUGAUGAAGAACUUGAUUUAUAUGACACUAUCAUUAAUUUACCGUCAAAUGAUUGGGAACUGUAUUACUGGUCUGUCGGCAAAAAGCAAGUGCCACAAGAGUUUCAAAACAAAGUUAUGAAACUUUUGGUAGAAUUUACCAAAAAUAAAGACAAAGAGUGCCGAUUGAGACAACCGGACCUCUAAUUAUCUUUUCAUUUGACUAUUUAUUAUAAAUAUAUUAUUUAAUAUUAACAGU